AUGUUCAAGCGAGAUUUGGUCAAGCCCGCCCUUCAUCAUACUAAAUGGCAGCAGCCUAUCCACACGGAAGCUAUCUCGAAUCGAGACGAAGAUGUUCGCAACCCUGUUUGUCUACGAAAUCGCACAGAUCUUGAACACAGUGAUGAUGGAAGUGUUACAGACAACCCUUCCAUUAGAGGAGGGAAGCCAAUGACCGCCAAAACAUCCUCUGCAUCUGUGACAACCUCUCGAAGACGCGAGGGACGAAUUUCUUUUGCCAAGUCGAAGAGCUUACAGCAACUCAUUAAAGAAGAUAGAGAGAAGGUUCACCGCGCGCGCAAGGCCCAACAUGCCAAGGAUCUGAAAGCAAAGCUUGAUGCUGAGAAUAAGGCCAUAGAGGAUCAGAAGAAAGCAGACAAGGAGCUAGCCAAGCGAUACAACAAGGAAAAAAAGCGACGAGAAGCUGAAGAGGAUAGGAACAACAAGAACUGGGGUGGUAUUGUUAGAGGAUUUGAUCCUAAUGCCGGUCUUCUUCGAUGUGCCGCGAGUGAGGACGAGCUUCGUCAUUCAAGAAUCAGCAAUCUCGGUGACAACGUCAAAUCCGACUCACUCACCAACAUUCUGCAUCCGAGACUUGACAAGGGCCAAACGUGGGGAGUCGAGCAUGGAUCGCCAGGGAAAAGGGGACGAUUUGGGAUUUCCAGUCCUGCUAUCGCAGGAAGUGGUGGAGUUAUCGCUCUUGACGGUGGGGAUGAUUAG